AUGCAGUUCACAGAGCUAAGUGAGCUUAAUCAUGUAGUAGGACUUAUGCGUUUAGCAGCGUGUAAUAGUCCGACAUUUCAUGAUCGACAGGAUUCAGAAGUCGAUCGUAUUUAUAAUUCAUCACCUAAAAUGGAGACACAACCACGUAAUUCGUGGAUUGAUAAGAUGACGGCUUUUAAACCAUUGACAUCCACUUCGACGUCAUCUGGUGGUAAAAAGACACCAAAAGGUCUACGAACAGGCAGUAAUUCGAGUAUCUUAAAGGUUAAUAAUAACAAAGUAGGAGACGAGACAGUUGUCAAAAUGAGAGACGGGAGAGAGAAGAACGUCGCGUCUAGUAACGUAUCAAGACGACGGGUUUCUACACAAUCAGGACGUGUAGAGAAGAAGAAUACUACCGGCUCAAGUGUCAAGAAUGGAAACAAGGACGAGACAAGCAAUACAAUGUCAAGUGAUAACAAACACACCGAUGGGUUUACUUUUGAAAAGGAAGAAGUACUGCCCGUUUCAUUCCAUGAGUCCUCAUUACUGGACAAAGCUCUGAAAGGUCCGUCAUUGACGGCCAUGGGAGCGAGACCACCUAUGAUGGGAGCAGAUGGAAGUGCUGUAUUACAUUUGACAAUUUACUUGCCAACGAGAGACGAGAUGAAGAUUGAUUUGUACGACGUGUCGACGGUGGAUGAAGCUAUUCAGGAGUUAUUGCGUGUGCAUCAGGCAGAUACCCGGCAACCGGUGCUAUACUAUGGUCAUCCGGAGUGUUACGAGCUUCGACUACAUGACUCUGACGGUAUUCCAGAUGAAGACUUCCCAGCUCUUGAUCGCUCCCGAAAGAUUAAGAAUUUUGGGGAUGCGGGAGGCCAUGAGUAUUGUUUGUGCGAGCGGCCUGAUGCAUGCCCGCCAACGGGCGAUGCAACUCCCGAUGUCGGUGCACCUGUUGCUGUGGCAAAGCCGAGUGCUGCUGCUGCUAAGGCCCCCUUGCCCAAUGACAAGUCUUUCCUUAAGAUCUUCAUGCCAAGGAGUGACGACUACACAGUGGUGGCUAUUGAUGGCACGACGGUGGGCCAAGAUCUACUGCCAACUCUGAACAAGAAGCAUCGACUCCAGCUCUUUCAGGAGCUUUACGUGCUUAAGAUUAGCGAAAGUGACCGCGAACGUUUGGAUUUUGCUAGCGAUGAGAUCGAUAUGCAUACCAAGUUGCGGCCACUGAAUCUGCACGAAGUUACCCUUGCCACGAAAAUCUUUGCCGAUGCGCCACAGAUUAGUGCUCCGGCUCCGUCAGCCGUGGAGGAUACUGCAAAUGUUGACAGCCGUUCCCGCCCGCCUCCCGAGACUUUCAUGUUCAAUGAUGUUACAGCUGCAAUGUUUAAGGAAUGGCACAUUAUCAAGAAGAACAAGUAUGGUAAAAAGCAGCAGCGUAUGCUGGGUAUCGACCUCAACAAGAUCUAUAACCGUAAAGUAGGCGAGCGCGUCAUCACAUCGGGCAAGUCCACCAAGAUUGCGGAGAGGCCAAUGUCAGGCGUCGUAUGGGUGCGUUUCAACCAAGAUCCGUCCGAGUUUCAGAUCUACUUCAAAGACAGCAUCGAAGAGAUCAUUACAGACUACACGGCGAACUCGCCGUAUGAGUGCGCUGAAAUUGUCGCCAAGCUCAAGUACAUUCUAUCGCGUAGGAAAUGA